AUGGUUAUGCUCUGUUUGGCAUUUCCACUCUCGUUGAUUCAUUUCUGAUUCUCAUGCUCCAAAUUCAGAAAUGGCGUUUUCUCUCUCUACUACUUUUCUUUGCACACGCUCUUUCAAAUCCCCAAAGUUGAAACUGAAACCUACCACUGAGCCUCAUUGCUUCGCGCGUCCUCGUGUUCGAGUUCCAUCCAGAGCUUCUUCCCGGAACGACAAUGCCAACACUGAUUCCGUUGAAGCUCCCUCCGUCUCUCAUGAUUCAUCUUCCUCCCCGCGUCGUCGUUUCAGUAAUGGAUGGUUUAAAUUUGAUGAACUUGCGAUGGAGAUAGUGCUCAUUGCCCUGCCUGCUGCUUUGGCGUUGGCGGCUGAUCCUAUUGCUUCAUUGAUUGACACUGCGUUUGUUGGCCAUAUAGGGGCAGUUGAAUUGGCUGCAGUUGGGGUUUCAGCUUCUGUGUUUAAUCUUGUGUCAAAAGCAUUCAAUGUUCCAUUACUUAAUAUUACUACAUCCUUUGUGGCGGAGGAGCAGGCAGUGAUUAACAGGGAUGUAGAGUCCAGUCCAAAAGAUGGAAAUGGCAAGUACCAAAGCAAGAAGCUCCUUCCUUCAGUUUCUACCUCUUUAGCACUUGCUGCAGCGCUUGGAAUUGGGGAAACUGUGGCGCUUACCCUGGGCUCUGGCAUUCUUAUGAAUAUCAUGGGUAUACCUGCUGAUUCUCCAAUGCGUGGACCUGCUGAGCAGUUUCUUUCAUUGAGGGCCUUUGGUUCUCCUGCAAUCGUGCUUGCAUUAGCUGCACAAGGCACCUUUCGUGGAUUUUUGGAUACAAAGACACCUCUAUAUGCUGUUGGCGUGGGAAACUUUCUUAAUGCCAUACUGGAUCCAAUUUUAAUAUUUCAUUUUGGCCUUGGUGUUAGUGGAGCUGCAGUUGCUACUGUGAUCUCUGAAUACUUAAUAGCUUUAAUACUGCUAUGGAAAUUGAGCGGCAAAGUGUUGCUAAUCCCUUUUGAAUUUGAUGGGAGAAAAUUUUUUAGCUAUCUGAAAUCUGGUGGUCUUCUUACUGCUAGGACUUUGGCUGUGUUUAUAACUGUGACACUGUCAACAUCUGUGGCAGCUCAGCAGGGCCCUAUACCUAUGGCUGGUCAUCAAAUUUGCAUGCAAGUUUGGUUGUCUGUGUCUUUGCUCACUGAUGCUUUGGCACUUGCUGGUCAGGCACUUCUUGCCAGUAGUUACUCCGUGGGAAAUUAUAAACAAGCACGCCUUGUUAUAUACAGAGUGAUACAGAUUGGUUUAGGAGCAGGAUUCAGUUUGUCCAUGAUCUUAUUCUUUUGGUUUGGAUCAUUUUCUACUUUAUUUAGCACAGAUUCAGAAGUUGUGGAUGUUGCUCGCUCUGGUAUAUGGUUUAUUGCUGGAUCUCAACCAGUGAAUGCUUUGGCAUUUGUUAUUGACGGGCUUUAUUAUGGGGUAUCAGACUAUGGAUACGCUGCUUACUCAAUGGUGCUGAUUGGACUAGUUUCUUCAACUUUCCUUCUGGUGGCUGCCCCAGUAGGCCUUCCUGGAGUCUGGACUGGAUUGUUUAUCUUCAUGGCUUUGCGUGUUGUAGCUGGAGUUUGGAGGUUGAGCAGCAAAAGUGGGCCUUGGGAUACAAUCUGGUACAAAGACGGAGCGGAAGAUUGACUAAAUGCAUUCAAAGUCAUGUAUUCAGUACUCAUAAGUUCCAACCAUAACCAGGUUAAAGAGCCGUUUUUUGGAUGAUGAGGACAUGACUUGUCGAUUUUCAAAGAGCUCUAAUAUGCGGACUCUAAAUCCUUGCAAUCAAAGAGAAUCCAGCAUGAUAGCAGCCCAAUAAUAAAUUAUAAAAAUGUCUCAGUAAUUGCUGCAUAACAGGUACAUACUGAAUGACCAACAGAACACGGAAGGAGAAAAUGGUUAAUGACAAGCUUACUUUUUGUUCAAAAUUUGUAUUCAUUACGAAGUUGUGCAGAAUUUUGUAUAUUUUCAUUGGUAAAGGCUGCAAUGUAAAGUGAAAAUAGGUACUCUGAAUUGUCCUUUGCUGCUAUUCAAGUUAGGUCGGUAUUAUAUGUAGUAUGUACAACUUUGUUAAUGGUUAUCAUUACUCUUCAAGCUAUUAAGAU